GUUGCCAAGCGCGAGCUGGCCGCUGCCAUCCCUCUGCUGCGCCCCACACGCAAGAUCUUCGCCGAGGUCUCACCCGUGUACGCGCCGCGCGCCGACGCGGCGAGCAGUGGCGUGUGCGUGCUCGGCUCCUGCGAUGAG